AUAAUAUAUGAUUCAUGAUAAUGUAGUGAAUGCCUCAGAUGUUAAAACAAUUCAGUUCAUUUGUUUGAUUUCAGUGCAAGAACUUCAAGUAACUGGAAUUACAUUUACAAAUAUAAAAACCACAGAAUUUACUGUAUCUUGGACUGCACCAAUCAGAUCUAGUUAUGUAAGUAGAUUUGAUGUAGAAUGGCAAAGUGGGGGUAAGGUGGUCAGUGCAACAUCACCUCAGAGGGUUACAGGUUUGACACCUGGAAAAACAUAUGAAGUAAAAGUGAUAACAAACGAUACAGCCACAGAACCUGGUGUUACAAGGACAACUUAUACAUCAAAGCAACAAGCAGCAAAACCAAGCAUUCCAGGUGAUGUAACAAGUUCAAGCAAUGUCGAAAUAUACAGGAUUAUAAAGACUUUUCAUUUGUUUGAUUUCAGUGCAAGAACUUCAAGUAACUGGAAUUACAUUUACAAAUAUAAAACCACAGAAUUUACUGUAUCUUGGACUGCACCAAUCAGAUCUAGUUAUGUAAGUAGAUUUGAUGUAGAAUGGCAAAGUGGGGGUAAGGUGGUCAGUGCAACAUCACCUCAGAGGGUUACAGGUUUGACACCUGGAAAAACAUAUGAAGUAAAAGUGAUAACAAACGAUACAGCCACAGAACCUGGUGUUACAAGGACAACUUAUACAUCAAAGCAACAAGCAGCAAAACCAAGCAUUCCAGGUGAUGUAACAAGUUCAGGAGAUGAUUUAGAUGCUCUUGAUAGAUACAUAAAUAUUAAAUGGACAGCAGGAACUGGUGUAACAACGUUAUAUAGAGUAAAGUUAUUUGAUGGUGAUACACAGAAAGGUUCCCGAGACGCCUCAUUUGUAUCAACAACGUUUAACAACGUACUGAAUGGUUAUAGAUAUAAUGUUUAUGUAACAGCAAGGAGUCAACAGUUUCAUGGAGAUUAUUUAUGGAGUGAAGCAAAGGUUUCUCCAAUUAAAACAAAAGUCCAAGUUCCAGAUGCACCUCAUAAUGGUUCUUGCAACUCUCCUACAGACAGUGCUAUAACACUUAAUUGGAAUGCACCGUCAUUACCUAACGGUGAUUUAGUGAGAUAUCAUAUUGUAGUAUUGAAUACAAGUAACGAUUUUCAGCUCCGUGAUAAAACUACAGGAACUGAAACACAAAAAGUGGUUGGAAAUCUUCUAACAAAAACAAACUACAUAUUUAGGUUAUAUACAGAAAAUGAAGGAUAUAAUUCGACACAUUUUUACCAGGUGUCAUCAGCUUGCAAAACUAGAGCUCACAUGUCCAUGAAGCCAGAGAAUUUAAGAAUAACGAAUGUUACAAGUCGAAGCUUUCUCAUAACUUGGGAUAAACCUAUAAAAACGUACAGUGCUGAGAAUUACGGCUAUGUCCUGCAAGUUAAGGAUAAUAAACACGCUUGCAAGGAAGAAGUUCUAUACAAAUGUUCAGACUGUGAAGGAAGUUUUCAGGUUUCUGAGCUUUCUGGAUUAUGCGAUCAGAAUAAGCAGCCAGAUUUCACUUUAAGUAAAGCUCAGUUAGCAAGACAGUUGUCUUAUAAUGCAAGCCUUAAUCCAAGCAUUAACUACACAGUGACAGUUACAGCAAUAACUACUGAAGGGAGAGGUCAACCUGCAACAGUGACAAAUGGAACAAAUGUAGAGGCUCCUCAGACUCCAUACAAUGUUAAAGUUGAAGGCAUGACUGCAACAACAUUUGACAUAAAAUGGAGUAUAAAUGGACCAAGACCGGGACAAACACUCUAUGUUAUGAUACUUACAGCAGAUACGCCGGCAAAGUCAAAGAACUUUUCUGUCAGUGGUUUCGCUUUGAGAGAAUACAAAGCAUUUGGAUUACAAGAGUACUGGAAUUACAGUGUCGUUGUGAUGGCUAAAACAUCAGUUGGUAGCAGUAUAUCAGCAGUGACAAAUAAGUACAGGACUUCACCUGCAGCCCCUGGCAAAGUUUCCGAAUUUUCUGUAGAACCUCAUCCUGAUGAAGACUUUACGAAAAUGAAGAUAUCAUGGGAAAUGCCGACUAUAUUGGAGAGAAAUGGGGUCAUCAAAAGCUAUCGUUUCGAAAACUUUGAACCAGGGAAUGUGACAGCGACAACAAAUUUUCAACAGAAAAGCCCAGGUUACACUUACACAAAAACGGUAUAUGUAGUGCCAGAAGAACAAUACACAUUUAGGGUGUAUGCAAUAAAUGAACAAAACAUGAAAGGCGAACACAUUACUGUUACAAAAAUGGCUCCUCCAGGAGUUCCUUUAAACAUCGAGGAAAGUUUAUUAAUAGAUGUUAUCGAGUUACAACGAGAUAAAACUGUAUCUGACAGAGAAAUAACAAUUACAUUAGUUCGGGAGUUUUUUGAAGAAUCUACAAAUGGCAAAGUACAAACCACUGGACUCGUAGUAUGUGUUAACAGCUGUGACCUUCAAGGCGUAAUGACAAUUACGGAUGUGAAUGCAAUGGAAAAUUGGUCAGGAGCAUCAAAGAAAGGUCAGGCGUCGUAUCGGGCGACAAAUUCUGACUGGCUAGAUAAGGCUACUAUACAAUAUACAUUGGGAAGAAAUAAACGGGAUGUAACAAAUAUUGAGUUCAUUGUUGGCAGUGAGGAUUGUAAAAAUGUCUCACCAGAUGGAUUUUGUAAUGGUCCACUUCAACCUGGGACAAGUUAUAAGUUUGUUGCAUUUACGUGUACAAAUGGAGGAUGCCGUUUGAGCCGGCAGUAUGGACCUUUCACAACGGCAAAUGCAGAUUCACAUUGCUCCGAGUUUUAUACUACCAACUCACAUGCUGUCAUCGUUGGAGUUGUACUUGGCCUAAUAAUCAUCAUUCUUCUGUUAUAUGCUGGCUAUGCAACUUACCUUAUUAGAAGGUAUAGAGCGAAAGAUGAACAAGAAAUAAAAUUUGGAAAUAAAAAAGAUCGUAAGAGUCAAACAUAUGUUAAUGAAAUAUUCAUGACCGGUUCAGCAUCAAAUACAUCGGGAAACUUUAACGUUGAUUCAGGUGUUGAGAACGUAUACUCCAGACUCGAUGAUAAUGUUAGAGAAGACAAAACAACAUAUGAAAGUCUUAGCCCAUGAUCAUGAUACUGAUUUGUUUGGAUAUGACUAGCAUAAUCGGCUCUUUUAGCCUUUGUAAACAUAAUACUACGAAACUUACUACAUGUGUAGAUUUUUGUGCCCCCACUUUAGUGGCGGGCAUUUACAUUUACCCUUGUCCGUCCUUCCGUCCCUUCACAUUUGUGUCGCACGUAACUAUAAAAAGGAUUUGACCUGAAACUUUACAGGAAUGUUGAUCAGCAUGUGUAGUUGUGCACCUGGGUAUUUUCGUCUGGAUAUUUUUAGCAUUUUUUAGAGUUAUUGCCCUUGAUUUAGUAAAAUUUUGCAAUUUUCAACUUGUGUCGCAUAUGACUCAAAAAGUAUUUGACCUUGAGUCAUGAAACUUUACAGGAAUGUUAAUUAGCAUGUGUAGUUGUGCACCUGGGUAUUUUUGUCUGGAUAUUUUUAGUAUUUUUAGAGUUAUUGCCCUUGACUUAGUAAAAUUUUGCAAUUUUCAACUUGUGUCGCAUGUAACUCAAAAAGGAUUUGACAUAGAGUCAUGAAACUUUACAGGAAUAUUGAUCAGGAUGUGUAGUUGUGCACCUGAGUAUUUUCGAUUUCCGAGUACAAAUGAAUAUAAAUGCAUAAGUAUCAAAGGUCAACGGCAUACAAUAUAAAAAAUAUUGACAAGUUUAAUAGACAUAAGUGCAGUUAAUUUUUAUAAUUGUAUUAUAAAAGUUAAGACAAAAGACCCAUGAAACAUUAAUAUUUAUCUGCAAAUGAGUCUACAAUGGGCACAUUUUACAUUUUUUUUUUCAAAUAUUGAAAAACAAUAGCAAUGAAUCAUUUUGAUAUUCUUAUAUUUCAUGUAAAAAUAUGGAAUUCAAGUUGUAAAUGAUUAUGUAAUAUCAGAUCAUGUAUCUCAUGCAUUACCAACCGCAUCCAUAUAUAAUUCGUUUGUGGUUUGUUGUCACAUAUAAUACUAAAUACUAUCAACAUAAUCAUUAAUGGCAUUGUACAAACCUUCCAUUAUAGACCUAUUCAUUUUAAUUAACUGCAUGCAUCACAUUCAGGAAUACUAUCCAAUAGUCAGAAAUCAUUAUUUUAACGAAUGUGAUACGGAAUGAAGGACUGGCGAAACGUCGUGGUUUUAAAUAUUUUGUUAAAAUGUAAAUUAAAACGUUAUCCCAAAUUCUUGAUCUUCUACUUUUUUUGGCUCUCAUUGAUUUAACCUGAAAGGACCUUUCGCGGCGCUUCUAAUUUACAAAUAUUAGAGGACAUUUUAUGAGCGUAAUAGUGGUGAAAUAACCUAAGACGUCUUUAAUGCCCUGUCACACUAGACUGUCAUUUUACUGCGUUUACACAGCGUUGUUAAUUUAACAAGGUGCCAUAGAUCGCAAUACAAAAUGUGAUAUAUUUGAUGACUUGGGGAUCUCACAGCGUCUUCAUGGUGAUGCCACGGAGUUUCUACGACAUUUUAAUUGACUAUUUACUGCGACCAAACACUGCGCUUCUUUUGCGUUCUUUGCACUUCCACAGCGCUUUUACGGCGCUCUUGCGGCGCUCACAUUGUGCUGAAAUCAUACGAAUUUGUAAAAGCGCCGUGCACACGCAGUAUAAGCGCGGUAGAGACGUACGCCGCACAAUCUCUGUACAACCGCCGUGGAUAAGCGCCGCGUUCAUUCGACUUUCCUUUUGUGCUUUCACAGCGCUCCUGUUGCGUUGUAGGAGAUGCUACAGCAUGCUCAAAAUGCGCGCCGUUGGUUGGCGUUCUAUACAAUGCCAAUACGAUGCUGUAGCGAUGCUUCGGCGAUGUUUGCGAUCUUACUGCGCUCACCUCGGCGUUCUGCAAUUUCUUUGAAUUCCUUCCCAAAACCUCAUGUGAUAACAAAUUGUACGACAUGUAAUAGAUUAUGGUCCAGCAAUGUGAGGCUGUCGGUCUUUCUCCUGUAUAAAUGCUAUUUAGAACAGUGAAAUGAUGUUUUUCCUUGUCGUUAAAUAAACACAUCGCGACAUAAGCAGGAGACAUGGCAUAAUGACAUGACAGUCACCCCCACCUUAAGUAUGUAUCCCCGUACAUGAAUGGCAGUUUCGGGCAUUUGGAAAAGCUCGUACAUCAUGUUAAAAUUGAUUCUUUUCUGUGAAGAAGCAAUUAAUUCAAUGUGAUUUCUCAAUUGUUAUGAUAAAUUGUUCAUGUUGAUAAACCAUACAUUGUAGAGUGUAUACAUUCAUAUGUUAAAAGGGAAAUCAAUUUAUCAAUAUAUUGAAACUUAAUUGGACCACGAGUAUUACUGGUAGAGGAGGAAACAAGCUUAAAUAUAACUGUGUAUAAACUAAAAUUCACUAUAUUACUAUAAUUGUAAGAUAUUUAUGUCCCCUCUCCAUUUUUCUGCAUACUGUAGAUAUCGAAUGCGCCUACUCAAAUUUAAACUAAUAGGGCCAAAGAUUUAAGUAUCAAAAACAGAACUUUUCUAUUUUUAGAUUCUACUGAAACUGAAUAUCAUGUUAUUUUCGACUGGUCUUCAUAUGAUGAAUGACAUUAGAAUUAGAUUAAUAUAUAUGAAUAUGUCCAUUGAUCAAGAUUAUACUUCUUGAUGAAACUCACUGAGUAAAAGAAUUUAUCCCAAACCUUGUCAGAUUUAUCUUGGUUAAUAAUAUUGUUUCCUUUUAGUUGCGAUUUUUACUAAGUGACAUAUGCUAAUCAGCCCACCCAUGAUUAGAUCGAGAUAAUUUCAAUUCUAGCACUUUUCUUCUUAUUGCAAUAGACCUAUUGUCUGUUUUAUAAUCCAUGUUAUACCUCGUUUAUUUUAUUGCCAUAUCAAUUUAAGGUUUGACAUCUGUUGUUUUUUUCGGUUGUUUUUAUUUUUAUCUGUUAGAAGUAUGUUUAUUGACAUUCAGUUAUAUUUGAUGGCACAUAAAAAUGUAUUAUAUGUCUCCUAUAUCUCGAAGAUCGUUGAAACAGAAAUAAAGAUUAAAUAGUCUAAAACCGCGAAUUAAAAAUUGUUGACUUGUGUUCUUACUCUUACAAAAAUUAUAAUCACUACUUUAGUUGUUAUUUGCUGUGUUAAGUCUGAAUAAAGCUUGAAUUGUUUCCCAUUCUUCAUCCCAGCGCUGUCAUAUAUUUUGUACCUUUAGCAUCAUUGUUUCUAAAACUUUGUUUAUUUUGAUGAUUAUCAAUCAAACGGAAAAGCUUCAAAUAAUGUCUCAUGAUAAACCUAAAUAAAACUGAGUUUGUGGUUUUCAUA